ACGUCCCAAUCCUUUGGUUGCAUUGUCAAUACAAAACAAAUUUGAACCACCCUCUGCCUAUACCAUUGUUGUCACCUUCUUCCUUCUCUAUAAUAAGAAACACUUCCAGAUUCUUCACCAUCCCAUUCCUUCCUCCAUGGAUUCAACCUCUGGUGAUGAAGUUUCCAUUGAUUUCUCCCCCCUCAUCAAAAUCUACAAAGACGGUCGCAUAGAGAGACUCAUGGGUUGCGACGUUGUCCCCCCAUCCCUUGAUCCCACAACCAACGUUGAUUCCAAAGACAUUGUGAUCUCAAAAGAACAAGACAUAUCCGCUAGGAUCUUCCUUCCAAAACUCACCGAUCAUGAUCAAAAGCUUCCUCUCCUUGUUUACUUCCACGGUGGCGGUUUCGUCAUAGAAACACCGUUUUCUCCUCGCUACCACAAGUUCCUCAACACGGUUGCUUCUCAGGCGAAUGUGGUUGCUGUCUCUGUUCAUUACAGAAGAGCGCCAGAGCACCCUGUUCCUAUCCCUUUCGAGGAUUCAUGGACCGCGCUCAAAUGGGUCGCUUCCCAUUGCACCGGAAACGGCCCUGAAGAGUGGCUCAACCGCCAUGCUGAUCUAGGAAGAGUGUUCUUCGCAGGGGACAGUGCAGGGGCUACGAUCACACACAACAUGGGUAUUCGGGUCGGAACAGGGGGGCUUCCGGGUAUGAAGAUUGAAGGGAUUGUUUUGAUCCAUGCGUUCUUCUGGGGCGUGCAGCGGAUUGGAUCUGAAGCGGAGAAGCCUCAACAUGCGGUGUUGGUGGAGCGUUUGUGGCGGUUAGCGAGCCCAACCACCGGUGGUUUGGAUGACCCGUUGUUUAACCCGGUUAUGGAUCCGAAUAUGGGUCGGGUCCCUUGUAAGAGAGUGUUGGUUUGUGUUGCUGAGAAUGAUUUUUUGAAGGAUAGAGGUUGGUAUUAUAAGGAGUCAUUGGAGAAGAGUGGGUGGCAGGGUUCUGUGGAGGUGAUGGAGGCAAAAGGAGAAGGUCAUGUGUUUCAUCUCUUUAACCCAAGCUGUGAGAAUGCUGUUUCAUUGCUCAAUAGAUUUGUUUCCUUUAUUAACCAUGGUUAGGUUAAGAAGAACUUAUUGUAAUCAAUAAUGAGUAACACAGUAACAGGCAUAUGUGAUCAAAUUAUGCAGUUAAAGGAAUCUAUGUAGGGUUUUUAUUUUUAAUUGAUUCAUGUCAUGUCUUUUUUUUUUA